AUAACAUCUAACCAGACUUGUCUAUGGAAAUGACACAUCAUCCUAUUGUCACUCAGCCCCAGGCCCACCGGUGCACACGGAGCUUUGAAUGGCAGACCGAUCUUUGUGACUGUGGUAGCGACUGCCGUGUCUGCCUGUGUGGGACAUUCUGCUUCUCUUGCCUGGGAUGCCAAAUUGCUGAUGACAUGGAAGAAUGCUGCUGCUGUGGUCCAAGUGUAGCCAUGAGGACCCGCUACCGGACUUUGUACAGGAUACCGGGAUCCAUCUGCUCAGACUGCCUCACUGUCGUUUGCUGCGCUCCUUGUAAUCUUUGCCAGCUCAAGAGAGAUAUCAACAGAAGGAAACAAUUAGGGAUAUUCUAGAAAAAAAUUGUGGUUAUCUAUAGAUUACAUAUAAUGGUUUCUCUCAGUUUUACUAGCAAUGUAUUACUUUUUGGAAAUCUUUUUGCCUGAUUGCUUUCCAUUUUUGCAAGUCUGUGUUUGUGUUCCUUUUUAUUCUUUUCCUUUGGAUGACCCAUUUUCUGAAGGAAGCCUUCUUUUCUCAGAAAGCUUCCUUGGUUAACCAUGAUGGUGACCUCUUGGACUUUGUUGUUCAUAUCUCUCCUGAUGGAUGCUACACAUUCUUGCAGAGUUUCUGUUAUUGUGACUCUGGGUAACCUCAUGUGUUCUGCAGAAAUCUGGCCCUCUUUAACUUUUCUCUUCAACUCCCUUUUUACCAAUCCCCUAUUUUUUAGAAGAGCAUUUGUGUUUUGAUGUGAAAUAUAACUGUACUGGCCUUCUUUGGUAAU